CUCAGUACAUACCUUACCUACGCAACUUCCAACAACAAGUCUUGCCACGCAUAUUGCGAAUCCGAACAUCUUGUCCAUUAUCUCCAUCCCCCUCUCAAGAUGGACUACCAAAACCGCGCGGGUUCGAAAUUCGGCGGUGGAGGCGUAGCAUCUACCUCAGCAACCAACGCCGAUCGACGAGAGCGCCUGCGCAAACUCGCCCUCGAAACCAUCGACCUCGACAAAGACCCAUACUUCUUCAAGAACCACGUCGGUUCAUUUGAGUGCCGUCUCUGCCUGACUGUCCACCAGAACGAUGGCUCCUACCUCGCGCACACGCAGGGGCGAAAGCACCAGACCAACCUCGCGCGCCGCGCAGCACGAGAACAGAAGGAAGGGCGCGCGGGCACUGAUCCUGUGACAGGCUUACCGAUAGGCAUGGUGGGCGCGCAGGUGAGCGUCCGCAAGAACGUUAUAAAGAUUGGACGCCCGGGUUACAAGAUCACGAAGACGCGGGAUCCGGUCACGAGGCAGCAGGGUCUGCUGUUCCAGCUGCAGUAUCCUGAGAUAUCGCCCGAUGUCGAGCCGAAGGUCAGAUUCAUGAGCGCGUAUGAGCAGAAGGUGGAUGAUCCUCCGGACAAGAACUUUCAGUACAUGUUGGUGGCGGCUGAGCCGUAUGAGACGUGUGGGUUCAAGCUUCAGGCAAGAGAGAUCGACCGCACGAAUGACAGGUUCUGGACUUGGUGGGAUGCAGAUUUGAAGGAGUUCUGGGUACAAGUCAUGUUUAAGACAGAGAGAGAGGAAAGAUAUAGCGGUGUGCCGGGUCUGGCUCCAUCAGGGCUUGCUAGGAGAUGAGCAGAGGUUUUGGAUCAUUAAA